AUGGAAGCUCAGGUCGAGAAUGCUAUUCAAAUUGCAUGGAACCCGACCAGCGAAUAUUCCCUCAAACAGCAAGCCUACGAUUUCAUCAAUCAAGUCCGCGAAAGUGCAUCGGCUCAGCAAGCAUGUCUCGCCCUCUUCACACGCCGCCCAAAAUGUGACGAUGUCGUUCGCAUGGUAUCUUUAGAUAUAGUCAAUAACACCAUUCAUACACAACAAUUGGACACUCAGAGCCUGUUGAAUGUCAAAGAGAUUCUCUUGGAAUAUGUGCGGCGGACGUAUGGCUCGGGCGACCAUGAGCAAGUCGACCCGGCCAGCAUCCAGAACAAACUUACGCAGACCCUUACCUUUCUCUUUGUAUCCAUGUACAAAGAGGGAUGGGAGAGCUUCCUCGACGACUUCAUAUCCUUAACUACUCUUCAGAAUGGCGCCAGAGAUAAUUUUGGAGGAGUUGUACUAUUUCUUCGAAUUUUGGGCUCCAUCCACGACGAGAUUGGGGACGUUAUAAUCUCGAGGACCACUGCCGAGACGAAACGCAAUACUGAAUUGAAGGAUAUUCUGCGAGAGCGCGACGCUCAAAAAGUGGCUACCGCUUGGCAAGAAAUACUAGCCCAAUGGAUUGGUCAAAAUGACAACGUUGUUGAAUUGUGUCUCAAAAGCAUUGGAAAAUGGGUAAGCUGGAUCGACAUAUCUCUGGUAGUAAACCAAACGAACUUGAAUUUCCUUUUCCAGCUUGCGGGCCGGACGAAUUCCGAUCGCCGCGAGGACAAACUAAGAGACACGGCGAUUGAUACUUUUACGGAAAUUGUGGCGAAGAAGAUGAAAGGCUCUGACAAGAUGAACAUGAUUGUCUUCUUGAAUCUAGGGGAAGUUGUAUCUCAACUGAUUGCAAGUCCGCCGUUGAAUGAUUUGCGAACAACAAGUAGUUACGACACUGAUUUAGCAGAAGCCGUGGCCAAGCUGGUCAACAACGUGGUCUUCGAUAUUGUCAAGGUUCUGGAGGAUAGUAGCACUGACGCAGAAACACGAGCACGGGCAGAGCAGUUGGUCCAAGCCUUUUUGCCUCAUCUGUUACGGUUCUUCUCAGAUGAAUACGAUGAAAUAUGCUCUACUGUUAUACCAUCACUCACGGAUCUCCUCACAUUUUUGCGCAGGGCUAAGCCACUUCCACCAACAUACUCUGCUAUGUUGUCGCCAAUACUCAAUGCUAUUAUACAGAAGAUGAGAUAUGAUGAGACGUCUAAUUGGGGCCACGAGGAUGAACAAACAGAUGAAGCUGAAUUCCAAGAGCUCAGGAAAAGAUUACAGAUUCUCCAAAAGACCGUCGCUGCGGUCGAUGAAGAUCUGUACAUGGAGAUAUUGAGCAAUGUGGUCGGGAACAUAUUCCAGACAUACGACCAACAAGGAGGACAGAUGGAUUGGCGUGACCUCGAUCUAGCUCUUCAUGAAAUGUAUUUGUUUGGUGAGCUGACCGUCGUUAAUGGUGGACUAUACGCAAAACGACAGCCGUCCGGCGUUGCAGCCGAGAGAUUGAUUGUCAUGAUGUCUAAGAUGGUUGAAUCAGGAAUUCCGUCAUUUGCGCACCCGGCGAUUCAAUUGCAGUAUAUGGAGAUCUGUGUGCGGUACUGCUCCUUCUUCGAGAACCAAAAUGCUUAUAUCCCCCGAGUUUUGGAGCAUUUUGUUACACUUAUACAUCACAAUCACAUCCGAGUCCGAACACGGUCAUGGUAUCUCUUCUUUCGUUUUGUCAAGCAGCUACGGAAUCAAGUAGGGAAUGUUGCAGAGACCGUUAUAGAUUCUAUCAGUGACUUGUUGCCGAUCAAAGCCGAGCUUCCUAAUGAUAAUGGAGCUGACGAUGACAUGUCAUCCGAUCAAAGCGAUCAUUCUGCGGACGCGACCUUCACGGGUCAGUUGUAUCUUUACGAAGCUAUUGGUUGUAUAUCGUCCACAUCUACAACUCCUCUCGAUAAACAGAUCCUCUACGCCCGGACCAUCAUGGAGCCAUUGUUCUCGGACAUCCAACGCCACCUACCGGCAGCCAAAUCUGGGGACGCACAAGCGAUUUUGCAGGUCCAUCAUAUAAUCAUGGCUCUCGGUAGUCUUUCACAUGGCUUCUCUGACUGGGCGCCGGGACAUGCAGCCACUGCAAAUCACGCUCCACCCAAGGAGAUGUCUGAAGAAUUCGGUCGUGCAGCCGAAGCCAUUCUGAUUGCUCUCGAGUCACUUCGUUCUUCUGUGGAUGUUCGCACGGCAGCGAGGUCUUCGUUUACCAGACUUCUGGGUGUUCUUGGAAUUGCUAUGCUCCCCCUUCUUCCUCGGUGGAUCGAUGGUCUGUUGUCACACAAUUCUUCCAAAGACGAGAUGGCAAUGUUUCUUCGUAUGCUUGAUCAGGUUGUGUUCGGCUUCAAAAAAGACAUCUACUCAGUUCUAGAUUCGCUCCUAACACCUCUACUUCAACGCGUGUUUGCUGGCUUAGCCGAACCAGUGACGGGAACAGAUGACCAAAUACAGCUCGCUGAACUACAACGAGAAUACCUUACCUUCAUUCAAAUCAUCUUAAACGAAGGCCUGGGAUCUGUCCUUGUUAGUGACUCUAACCAAGGUUUCUUUGAAGCUCUCAUCGUAUCUGUCACUACAUUAGCGCGGACGGUAAGUCAUGAUACUGGCAAUCUGUCCGCAAGUCGACUAGCCUUCUCCGUUUUGAUCAAAAUGGCAGAUCUUUGGGGAGGACCAAACGUCGCAACUCUUUCCGUUCAGCCCACCCCAUCUUCAGGGCCACCAUCGCCUGCCUUUCCUGGCUUUGACAGGUUUUUGAUCGAGAGAUUUCACCCCAUCUGUUGGGAAGUCCUUCAAGAUCCGCAAUUUCGUCCAGUCACAGACGCACAAGUAAAGCAAGUCCUCAAUGAAGUCUCCGCUCUACAACAGACUAUCUACAUGAAAACUGGAGAUAUGUUUCUCGAACACCUCCAAACUUCGUUCUUCCCAGCGAUGGGAAUCGAUGGAACGGACUUUAUCAAGGCGAUGACCACCUCGCCUGACAGAAAAGGACUGGCUAGCUAUCUCGCCGGUUUUCUGAAGCAGCGAGGCUAG